CGCUGCCUCGGUGUCUGGAGGUCACCGUCCCGGAGUCGCCUUGCCAUGCGCGCGCGGUAAUCGGCGGCGCCCGCUGCGACAAUGGUGAACUUGGGGCUGUUGCGCGUGGACGAUGGCGUGGUGGCCAAGCACCCGGAAUAUACUGCCUGCCAAGCUUUUGCCUUCAUUAAGGGCAUUGCCACCUUUAUCACAGGCACUGGGAUAUCCUUUGCUCUUCAGAGGUUCAACAAGAAGAUACCCUACUCAUUCCAGUGGAAGAUACUUGUUUCCAUGGUUGUGGGUUCAGUUGGCGGCUAUGCAGUGACUCGGUGGGAAACCCAGAGGUGUUCUAAUAUGAGGAUCUUCCUGGAGACCGGAGAGCCCUUCCAGGGUGUGGCCAGAGAGAAAGUGCCCACUCAGGAUGCCAAAGAGAAAACACAGAUGGGAGAGAAAAGGGACAAGUACGGAGAUGUUGUGGAUUAGCCUGAAGAUCCUGCAGCAGGCUGACAGAGAGGAGAAGUCUCCCAUGCACGGCCGAACUCCUUGUGGCUGGAACUCUUUCUAGGUUAGGGCUCAGUGAGGGGCUAUCACAGACCCAUACUGGCUGUCCCCCCCCCUUCCAAUCCCCCUUCUCAUCCUAUAACAGUUAGGGAAACAUGGGAUGUGUCGGCCCUGUGUAAUAUGUCUUUCCAUGCAACCAAAAAUGUUACUUUGCAUCACAUUUUUCCCUAGCUAGAAAAGUUGGGGAAAGAACAAUGGAAACUAGAUUCAUAGCUGCUGUUUUCCAUUGUAGGCCAGCACUGGAUUUUGCACUUGGUUGGACUCUUCCUCAUGCCCAAGUCGCUCCUCUGUUAUCAUGACAAUUCAGAUCCAUCCUGAAAAGUCAACCCAGAAAUCUGGUUUGGAUUAAUCGGUUUACAAUAAUGCCCUUGUUGUCUUCAAAGAACCAAAAUAAAUAUGUUUGUGAAUUCCCUCCUUUGU